AUGGAAAACACACCAAAUGAAUACACGCCACUUCUCAAGCCCGCCGGGAAUGGCUACGACACUGAAUCGCAUCCCGUGCCACCCGAGCAUCAAACGAUAUCAGCUCCCCAAGACGACGAGACAAUAGUCAAGCCCCAAGAGCUGCCGUUCAGUAGACUUGCCAUCAUCUUCUCAACUGCCUGGAUAGGCGUCUUUCUUGGGGCCGUCGACUCCAGCGUCAUUGUGACUCUCACCGCGCCCAUCUCCAGCGAGUUCCAGUCUCUCAGCUUGCUCUCAUGGCUGGCCAGCGCAUACCUCAUCUCCAACGCCGUCUGCCAACCAAUCUCCGGCCGCCUGACAGAUAUUUUCGGGCGCGGACCCGGUUUGGUCUUCAGUCACAUAUUCUUCUCUGCCGGUAAUCUUAUCUGUGGAUACGCCAAACACGAGUCGCACCUCAUUUUCGGCCGGGCCAUCGCUGGAAUUGGCGGCGGUGGACUGAUGAGCAUUGCUACUUUCUUGGGGUCCGAUUUGGUCCCCUUGAGGAAGCGAGGUGUGGUUCAGGGCAUCCUGAAUCUAUGCUUUGGGUCGGGAGCCAUGAUGGGUGGCGUUUUUGGCGGUCUCCUCAACGACUAUAGCAGCCAAGGCUGGAGACUUGCAUUCAUCGUUCAAGCUCCUCCAUCUCUGAUGGCGGCUGUGGCUUGCUACUUCUUUAUCAAAACACCACCGAAGCAGUCAAACAAAUCUUAUCUGGGGCGUAUAGAUUUCGUUGGAGUCUUUCUUAUUACCUCUUUCCUCGUUCUGCUCCUCGUGGGCUUGAACGCGGGCGGGAAUAUUGUCCCUUGGAAUCAUCCAUUGCCUCUCACGACCAUUCCCCUAUCCGUUGUUGCAUUCUUCAUGUUCGUUUGGUGGGAAUCGAGGGCAAGGCAACAUAUCAUUCCAGUGAGACUCUUACUGGAACGGACCGUGCUUGCUGCUUGCUUGUCGAACUGCUUGUGCACCAUGGUCAUGUUUGCUCUACUCUUCUACGUUCCUUUGUAUCUGCAAAUUCGCGGGAGCACGGCGACAGAAGUUGGCCUACUCAUCCUUUUUUCCCCAAUGGGAACUUCAAUCAGCUCCCUUGGGGCAGGGAUCAUCAUGAACAAGACCGGAAAAUACAACGGACUGGGUGUUGCCAGCCUGAUCAUCAUGAUCGCUGGAGUCAUUGUCUUUGGAUUUCAUGACGAGAACACCCAGGGCUGGUUGACAGCCAUGGUCUUCUUCCUCAUUGGAACUGGUUACGCGUCUCUGCUGACGACUACUUUACUGGCUUGCAUCGCUGCCGUGGAUCACGCUCACCAGGCUGUUGUCACUUCUGCCACCUAUUUGGCCCGAAGUAUUGGAAGCACAAUUGGCAUCACCAUCAGCUCAGCAGUGUUCCAGAAUGUUCUGAAUUGUCAGCUAUGGAAAAGAUUUGGGGACUACCCAGACGCAGCGGAAGAGAUUGCGCGCAUUCGGAACAGUAUUGCGGAGCUCAAAAACCUUCCGGAUGGGUGGUAUGCGGGAGUCAUGAAAUCUUUCAUGGAUGCAUUUCAUGCCGUCUUCCUUACACUGCUGGGGCUUUCAGUUCUGGGCUUGGUGUGCGUAUCGCUCAUGAGACAACACACCCUGCACUCAAGCAUGGACCGAGAUGGGCGAUAA